UGGAGCCUUGACAUUUUUAGUCUCUAUAUGUGUUUGUGUGUCACUGUGCCGCUUGACAUUUUAGUCUUCAGGCUAUAUAUGCAAACCCUUUUCCUACACCCCCACUUGUGUUUAAACAUGCUUGUAUAUAUUCCUUAUAAGAGAGAAACUAACAUAGAUGUCUGUUACAGUUUGUUAACUCAACACUGACCUGGUUACUAAUAUUUUAGACCAAAUAGUUGUUUUAAAAUAGAAUAAAAAGCCAUAAAACAAAUGCUGGGUCCAAAGCCAAGGAAUAAAAGUGGUUUUUUAGACGGGUUACACAACCUAUACUAUACUAGAAAAUAAUCAAGUUAAUAAAAUCCUGACUUUUAAUAACAAUACUAACAAUAACUUUAUUUGUAUAGCACUUUUAAAAACAGAAGUUUACAAAGUACUUUGACAUACAGUCAUAGAGCACAUGAAAAGAGACAGCUAAAAACAUUUUCAUAAGGAACCCAGACAAUACAAGAACCAUGCAGCAUAAAAUGAAACCAUGAAGACCAAAAUAAAAACAAUAAAGUUAAGAAAAAAAGGAAAAUGCAAUUAAAAGGGGGGGUCGAAAGCGGAAACAGAAUAGUAAAUAUAAAAGGCAAUAUCAACAAUGAUGAUAAAAUAAUAUCAGGUAAUCCUGAUAAUGAUAGUAAUGAUAAAAUAGAGCAACAGAAAUGAGCAAGCGAUAAAACAAUAAAAGGCCUGAAAGGUUCAAGACAACUCUAUUUGCCACUUAUUCUAUAUAAGUCCAAAUAGAUCACUUAUAAUUGUCGUCAAAUCCUUUAUGUUCAGCAGUAAUCUGGAGUUAAACACUGUAAAAAUAGGAUAAUAUACAGCGUGGUUACUACUGUAUAAAGGGGGAAAACAAAAGCAGAUUUAAUUGGCUUAUUCCGCACUGUCCCUAAUAUUGACCAAUUACAAACACAAGUGGGCGGGGCUUGUAACUUCAUUUUUUCUGUGUUUUUUCUAUCGGCAGAGGAGGGAGGGGUUUGUCCGGAGCGUGUUGUUGUCUGUUACAGCCGGGGACGAGCAGAGCUGCCAAGGUCGGUGAAAGUACUCCUCACAGCCACACUUUGGUUUAUUGAAUCUGAAGAAACACUGCCUAAAGACACGUAAAGGUAAGUUUCAAAGCCGCAACAACUUUUUUAUCCGUGUUUAGUCGGCGCUGAGCUGAACCUUACUGUACACGGUGUUUAGCCGAAUUGUGCAUCCCGUUAAAUCAGUGACUGUCAAACGAGUUCACAUGGGAAGAGAGAUGCCGGGGGAGGAAACGCUGAGUUGCUAGCGAACGUUACAGCGUUGAGUGUGUUUUCGGCGGGUGUUUAAACCCUCUGCGAGUAUGAAAAGACUCUUUUGUAUCACCACUUAAAAGUUGGAAGCUAAUCCGUUGAUUAAUUAGUUUUUACUCAGUGUGUUUGACAGGAGAACCGACGGCUAACAGGCGCUCUGGCUAGCAGGCAAACUUAGCCACGCUACAUCUGAGUUUCCUCGAAGCAAGUAUGUUGAUUUAUCGAGGUUUAUUCCUCUUAAUUUUCUACAUGACCCUAUUACGACCCUUUUUAUACUCCAUCUUAGCUGUGUAACGUUAUUGUAAACCUGUAAAUAUCGGUAUACAUCAUUAAAUGCAUACUGGUAGGUGUUUUGUGAUUGUCUCAGCCUUUUUAACCUGUAGAAAACCCUUUUAUCAUAAUUAAGUUAAACCUUUUCUUGUUUCAGAUGGUCUUAUUGUCUUGUUUGUUUCUCUUCUGUUGUCAUGAGCUGUUUAAGUGACUCUGUAAGUGACUCUGUUUUGCCACAGUGGGUGUAUCUGACCUCAGAUUUAAUAAGCUGCAGCAACAAUAAUACAUUAUUGAUCUUUAUAGGCCUGUAUUAUGAGUCAUUUCAGCCUUUUGCAUGAGUGGUGCUACUGUAAAAUUGGUUAGUCAUGAUUAUUAUAUGACUAAGGACUUUAAAAGACAUCAGCCUCUGAGAUUGGUUGUGAAAAUCACCAAAUACAAGCUCACAUGUCAAGACUCAUCAUCAUUUCCCCCCUUUCUUUCUUUCUUUCUAAAAUACCAGUUUUUAACUCUUCUGUGACUUGUGCCUUUUUUUCCCCCUAUGCACCGAAAUGGCGCUCUUUUGUCAAGAGGAGACAGACAGCAACAGCUGCGCUCCUCGACCACAGUGUGCAUACUCCUGUGUGCUGACGUGUUUUGUUUCAGUGGGUAUGCUGGGCUGUAAUUGCAGCAUUAAUGGAAUGCAUGCAGAAUUGUACGACUGAGACAUACCGGACAAUGGCUGUUGUGGCCAAACCUGAUCUCUCCUAAAAAGAAGUUCAAAUGCUUUGCAUGUUUUUUGCAUGGCCUCGGGCAGUUGUGUGUCUUUUUGUCUUCACUUUUACUUAACUGCUGACAAGUUAGAGCGUGCACAGCUAUAUGGAAGAUGCAGUAAAACAUAAAAAGCAUCACAUACACUACAGGCGAAAAUUUGGAAGCAAGAUCAGAUUUGUACAAAAAAAGAUCAUAGUUUCAUUAAUAUACUUUGCAACACGAUAAACAUGACAAUUGUGUAAAGAGUAACUUAUCAGAAGAUAUUUUGACUAUAAUUAGUAGGUAUUUGAGUUAUUGUUGCUAAGGUAUGUUCCAGGGAUUGCAUUCCAAGCUUUCCUAAAUUCAUUAAAAAGAUACUGCUGAUUCGUGGGAGGCGUUUUUCUGACCGAUUGAUCCAAUUCAUGACCUUUCUGGAGAUAUUGGAGAAAGGUCUGGAGACUGAGGGGGCCAAACCAUCUUUUGGAGAACACCUUCCUCUUCUUUUUUGUCUAGGUAACCCUGACAGAGUUUAGCAGAAUGCUUAGGGUCAUUGUCUUGCUGCAAAACAAACUUGUGAUCCUCAAGUCUGAGUCCAGAUGGAACAGCAUUGUGCUGGAGGAUGGAGUGGUACUGUCCCUUCAUGAUACCCCUUACUUCAAACAAAUCCCAAAAUAUAUACAACUCAUGCUGGAUUGUAAAAAAAGCACUGUGAACAAAAACUUGAAGUUACUCCCAAUUGUUUUGCCUGUAAUGGCCUUGCUUCCAACCUUUUGGCCUGUAGUGUAUGAUGAAGCAGAUUUAAUACGUUGGCCCAUCUGAGUCGUAGGUCUCAUCUUCCUGCACACUUGUUAGGCCAUUUCUGUCUGAAGUUGCUCAUGAACCCUGUUGAGGUUUCACAUGCAGAGCUGAUGCAAGGUGUGGAACUGUCACGGAGGAUAAUGUCUGACUUCGCAACUUUUCUCAGGCUGUGAAAGCAGCGUAUUUAGCUUGACUUCGCUCAACCGUCACCGACGGAGCAGAAUAAAAGUGCACUUUUCAUUUUCUCACGGCACAGUAUUUGUGUCAGUCACAGAAAAACAGGAUAUAGCAUCACACACCCUCUCAAACGGUGGCAUUUUCUCACAUUGUGGUUUCAGUUUGCUGUCACGUUUUUAGUGUGUAAGAGAGAGCUUUUGUCCCACAAUAAACACAUUUAGUAAAAACUGAAAAACACCCCGAAUACCAGUCGUAUAUUGUGUAUAAGCUGCCAGAGCUCUCACUUGGUAAUGCAAGUAAACAUGAUGUAUGGUGUCAUGUAGCAGUCUGGUUUGGAAAAUGGAGAUAAAGAUGCCGGCUGUGUUGAAAUGAAUGUGCAUAUAACCAGGUGAAGUAAUGUGCAGCAAGCAAUAGCAAGUGAGCAUCAACCUGCAGCAAAGACUGAGGAUUAGGGACACUUGGCUGACGAAUUUGACAUUAUUUACCAUCAUAUCCCUCUGUUUAGCUGUGCAACUUUGACUGUUUUCUGAGGAUGUUAGAUGUUGGAGGUUAAAUUUAUUGGUUGCUUUAGAAAAUCCCUGGUCUUAAUUGUUCACUAAGUGUUUCCCUAGAUCAAAUUAUCCAUCAGGAAAUCUAGACAGAAAAACUAAAUGAAGUAGUUUCACAUUAGAAAUGAAAAUCGGUACUUCUCUGACACUUUUCAUCGAGGUUUCAGGGCUAUAAGCUGAACUGCAGCUGACUUUUCCUCGCCUCGCUUGCAGCUGUCCAUCAAUUCUUCAUCUGGCUUCACUGGUUUCUUCUUGCGGGUUUAAGUCCUUCAACAUCCAGUAUGUUUUACCUUAUAACUUCAGGCCGACUGGCUGUUCUGUUUCUGCUGUGAUGUUAAACUUGAACUAAAACUUCUCCAGAUAUCUGCAGCUCUUUUGUGUUUCUAGUCUAUGAAUCAGAAGUUUCUUUUGUUCAACUUAAAUCACAGAGGAUUAUUCUUCCAACAGAUCCUGCUCCAACGCCAAGUCUAAUAUUUGAUGUUAGAUUUUAGCUAAACAAGCAGUGGGAAGUGUUCCUCUAUCUGUCUUUAUACUUGGUGCCAACCGAGGUUAGCCUGCAGCACUACGAGGCUGUCUCUGGCACGUUGGACUACAUAAUUAUUUCUGUGUAGAAAUUUGGCCGAAAAUGUUUCUUCCUCCAUUCAGCUGUAGACUGAAAAUGUAGAAAGAAAAACACAAAUAGAAAGUGGAAACUGUCCAGUGAGUUGAAGUUAUGGUCAGAGUUUACAGGUUUAAAAGGGCAAAGGUCAGUGUAAACCUCCGGAGUGGAUUUAUGUCUCAGCUUAUGGCUGUGUUAUGCAGCAGUACCUUUCAGAUGAAGCUGUUUUCACCUGUUUUAAUUAUUUAAUUCAACAGAAGCAAACUAAAAUCCCCGAGUUCUUCAGCUCCUGUUGUCGACCACUAAUCAUCCAGUUUACUGCCACCGGUCACCGCUGACUCAGCCAAUCCUGCCAUCUGGGCUGGAACCGAAAACACAACAGACUUCUCACUGGCUCUAGAGCCUCAGAUGCUCAGCUAACAGAUUGUAUGUGUGUGUGAGGGUGUGUGUGUGAGGGUGUGUGUUUGUGUGGCAGUGAGAGAAAGCUUUAACAGUAAUAUUUGGCCACAAGAUUUAUGAUUACAGAGGGUGUGAAAACCUGAAAGAAUAUGUAAAAUUCAGGUUUUGAUUCAGGCGUUUUAAUUCAGAAUGUUUGAUUUUACAAAAAGUCAAUUAAGUCAAAAAAUGUUGGUUGUUUAAGUUCAGUAUGUUCAGCAUAAGAGAUGACUUUGUAGAUGAAAGUUAAAACAAAGACGUUUAGCAAACUGUUAAAAUACACAAACCAUCGUCAUUUGAGAAAUCGGACGCUAUGACUCUCCACAAUUCAGGUCGUUAUCUUUGUAAUGUUUGUGUUUUUAUCAAAAAGCACUAUGUUCUCCGACACGUAAAUAAUCAACCUGUCGGCCAUGUUGGAUAUACCGGUGAAUCUGAUGUUGCAACAACACGAAAUCUGAUUGGUCAGAAGUGGACACACAGUAUGCGAAAUUCGACCGUGAUCCAAAAAAAUAAAUGCCACAAUAUCGCAGGACGGGAAAACGUCGCUGAUUUGAACGCUUGUAUUGUCUGAAAUAAUUGCAGGAAAAAAACGGUCGAUGUUUUGCACAUUAAUUAUAGGAAAAGUAUUAAAGUCUUGAUGUGCACACAGACACUGAACAAUUUCUCUUAGCUGUCAUUGGCAUUUUGCAGAAGCAGCAGCUGUUGAUAAUAGUCAAGAUCACCUUCACAUUUCUUAAAUUUCAUUGUUUUUUCUGAGUUAAAUGAAGUACAUUUUAUGAUAUCAGAUUCCUUUAUGUUUUGGGUUUGUCAUCUCCAUGCUCACAGAAAGUCCAGACUUGGCGUGAUCUCCUUCACUAGGAUCAGAUGAGUAAAAGAUACCUGAAGUAUGUUAAACCCACUUCGUAGUACCGGCCCAAUCUCAGCUCUCAGAACAGCCUCUCUCCACACUUUCACACUAACAUACAAUGAUGAGAAAUGUCCUCCAGUCAAAUUUCUCCAAUAUUUCUAUUCGUCAGCUGUCCUCGAUCCCCUCCUGUUUUCAUUCCUCUCAGGAAAUUAGUUUUUUUUUCUGCGCCGUCAACCGUGGCCGUGUCCCAGUAAAACAUCAUGCGAAUCAAACCGUCCGCUCCAAGUUCCUGUUUUACCCCAAACUGCCCGUCUGCCUGUCUCUUAAUCUGCCUGUCUGUGAGAAACGAGUGUGUGUGGAACUGCACUGCUUUAUGACCCCGCACACUUCCCGCUCACGUUUCACUUUUUAUACUCACAUCCUGUCAGAGGGACAACAGCGCUCUGUAAGUCUGUUUUCUGCUCGCUCGUAUUGUGCUCUCAAUGGUUGGCAUUGUUCGGAUUCUUACAUUUAUUAACUGUCAAUUUCUCCGGUCUGACUUUUACUGUGUUUUCUUUGUUUAUUUUUGUGUUAUUGUUUCAGACUGACAUUAUUUUUGCUUGAUUCAAAUCUAAAUCACUUAUUUUUCUCUCCUUUCUUGGUUGAAGUUUUCUUCUUUUGGCCCCUUUAACCUGUGGAGUUUAAUCCUCUGUUCUGUCAGACGAGCAACCUGUUGUUUUUGAAGUCUAAAUGGAGAUACAACAGGGUCAUUUAUAAUGCUUACCAUCUGUCCUAUCAAUUUUGGGCAAACUGCUUCCAACGAGGGGUUUCUUUGCUUUGGCAGUGCAUUUAUGUGCAAAUGCCCAAAGCAUCCCUUUUUUCUGGGCCACUGGAAAAUUGGAAAGCCUUGGAAAUCCUGUUGGACUACAAAGUGAGUUUGAAACUUUUGCGAGACAGAGUUAAUCACUGAAUUAUUCUGCCAUAUUCCUAAUUUUUAUGUCGGUUUAAACACUUCUGAGACAAUACGUGGUUAAAUUACAUGCAAGCCACUUCCUGUUGACGGUUGUGAGGCUUAUAAUAAAAUAUGCAUCUCUGGCAGACCCGCAGGAGCUGGAUGCAUUGAAUAUUUCAGUUUCACCUUGAAAGAGAUUAGUGAAAUAAUAACUGUGUGCUGCUGCUGCUGCUGCUGCUACUCUUGUUUUUCUGCAUUUCAACAGCUGGCAGGAGGAUCUUGGCCUCGGGUUUUUGCAGCACAUUCACAGAUCUCCACAGGUGCUUGGAUCUGGAGACUUAGAGCUGUUUAUCGUGGAUGAAAAAGCUGAAGGUCUGCUAGAACAUGACAGGGAUAUAUCUCCACAGAUAACCAGUGACUGACGGAGUAAAGCGUAGAGUGUGUCAAAACUGACUUGCUGUGUUUGUGUGUGGGCGUGCAGGCUGCAAAGUGAUGGCUUAAACUCUGACCCUGAUUUCUGUAUCUUGGGAUUGUGAUGGUUUAUAUCGAUAUGUUGUUUUUCAGUUUGAGAUCUGCAAAAAACAGUGCUACGCAAACGGCACAUCUAUGCAUAAGCUGAUCAUGCAUCGUAAAAACCUGUGAUGUCCCUUUUGUGGUAAUACCCAGUGUGCGAGGCCUUUUCUCCGACUGUGUGAUUUGCACAGGCUCCUGUAUCCGUUUCUGCGUGUGUUGUUUUCAAGACUUGGCGUACGAAGCAGGGACUCGGUUUCCACAGCAUGCAGACUUGGAGAAACGAAGUGAAGACAGUACGAGGAGGAGGAGGAGGAGGAAAAAAUUGGCCUAGAUACGUUGCAUGACUAACUAAGCGUGUGCACUUGAUCUUGUCCUCGGUCGAGCCUGGAGACCCGUCUGGUGACAGAGACCAAAGGCACGCUCUGAAAAGGUCAAGUAUCGUCUCUGAGACCAUUCUGCUGUGAUUAGUGCUGAUCCCUCAGUGUGUCCACAGAAAGACAGAAAUAGGUUUUGUUUUCAUGAGGAACACUCCUGCGUUGGUAUAGCCUGUUGUUGUUUUUUUUACCCAGGGGCCUUUUCUUCUGAGCUGUGAACAGUCUCAUGUAGAAGACUACUGCCUGGUAUAAACACUGUCAGUUUUGAGUGGCACUUUUACUUGCAAAGGUAUGUGACAGCAUUAGCAUGUUAUAAUAAGGUGACCAGACAUCCAGAGCGGGGGUUAUGGUCUGCAUGAUCACAGACACAGACAACAACUCAGUACUACUUAGUAGCAGCGUAUGCCCCCCAAUAACCCCCCAUAAAAACUGUUGUUCAGGAAUGCGCACAACAUGCUUACUUGCGCUUCCGACCUACUCGGCUACCACAAUAACCGUUGUUCAGUCUACAUGCAACUUUUUUUUCUGUCAUGAAACGCUUAAAUUGGGGACAUUUCCAGGGAGCUAUAUUUUUUUUUCCAGAGGAUGGUAGGGCAAGGUCCCGCCUCCUUCAUAUCUGAUUGGCUAGAAGUGCUGGGCUCGAAUGGGUUAGUCCUUAUGGCUGUGAAGUGUUAUGGUCCGUCAGGUUAGGGUUAGGAGAUUCAGAAUUGCAGUAAUGUUCUUUUAAUGUUCCGUUUUAUGUAGAGAGCACGGCUUGAGUGUGUGAUGAAGUUUCACAGCCAUAAAGAGUAACCAACCGGAGCCCAGCUUUUCCAGCCAAUCAGAGGCAAAGGAGGCGGGACCUUCCCCCUACCAUCCUACGAAAAAAAAUAUUGCCUCUGGGGACAGCCUUAGCCGGGGACAGGUCAUCCAAAAUGGGGACUGUCCCCGAAAAUCGGGAAUGUCUGGUCUCCCUUACAGCAUUUGCAUGUAAUCAUAUGUUGUAAGUUGAACCGCUCGAAAUAAAAACAAAUAUUCAGCAAACCCCCAGACGUUGAUUAACAUGGACACUUUUUAAUCUUCAAAACAUCCGUCUCCAGCUGCCUCCAGUGGGUUAGGUGAAUCCAAAAUGAUGAAAACAAGGGGGAUGAUCUGAAAACACCCCUAUAAGCCCUUGGUACGUUCCUCCUGAUGAAAUUAACCAUAGACUGUAAAUUGACGUGGAAAAAAUUCGAGACUACCAGUCAGAAUUUUGGUCGACUCAGCACAUUUUGACCAAUUAGUCGACUAGGACUUUACAGCCCUAAAAUGAACUAUAUUACUUUUUAUUUUAUCACUAUGUAGUCUUCAUGUUCAAGAAGUCAGGAUGUGUGAUGCAGGAGGAGGCUAAGACUGAGGUGCAGGAAGACAAGGCCUGUUGAAGCUGUUUGGCUAAGCCCUGAACCGAUUCCUGUGGAAAUGAGCGGAGCAUAUGUGGGACUGCUUCAGCUCAGCUCACCCAAACCUCACCCUUUUGUUCCCCCAAAUCCACAGCAGCUUGACUGUAGAAGAAUGACAAGCUGUCAUCACAGAAGAUGAGUGUUCGGUGCAGCAGGAGGAGGUGGAGACGUACAUUUGUCGUCAUAAGAUGGUCAUGAUGAAGCAAACUUAAGGGCCCGGUCCUUUUACUUCCUCCAGGAGAGCUGAGUCUGUGCUGGCUUCAUUCAUUCCUGCUGGUCUUCCUGCUAAACUAGCCGAUGAUGGCUGCAGAUAGAGUUGAGUUGCCUGAUCUUCUUAUCCAGCUCUGUGCAACAAAGCUUAUAAGCUUAUUGGCCAAAUUGUCGGACUAUUCCUUCAGCAUUCAAGAAAAGGGAAGGCAAGGAAUAUUGUUGCUUUUAAAUCGACCCGUGUUUAGCCUGUAUUUGUCGUACUUUGAUAAAAAUAAAUCUGAUCUUUGCACACACAAUACCCAUAACUGAUUAUAAAUGCUGUUCCCCAGCUUCUGUUCGCAGGGCGGAAGUACCCAAGUUCGUCCCCCCGAGAAGAUCCCUUCAUACUCUCACAUACACACUCUGUAACAUUAGUUUCACAUAAGAGUCAGUCACACGCAGACAUGGUCCUCUUUGUAUCUUCAGUGCUGCUGCCAUGCAGAGCUUGACAGAACAGAAGUGGCAUUGAGCAGAGAUGUAGGAGGAAUUUCUACGCCUGGAGUCCCCACUCUCUGCUGCAGUAGCUGCUAGAAACAGCCAGCCACUCUGCCUCCUCCUCCUCCUCUCUAAAUACCAAACACCCUCCUUCACUUUCCUACUUGCUUUGCCCUGAUUUCUUUUCCUCCGUCCAUUGUUCUCUCUUCAUGCACUCUUAUGUGCCUUGGCAGUCUAUCUCUCCAUAUCCCACUUUCUCUUUUCUCAGCACUGACAGAAGCCUCGGAGUUGUUUACUAUGUCCACACAGACUCCCCUCCCUCUCCUCCUCAGCUCUGUGAACUGAAAAGAAGAAGAAGAAGACCACUGUGAGUGUUUGUCUCUGUGUCCCUCUCUCUCUACAUCAGAGGCCAGAUGUGUAGGAGGGAUAGUGGUAUGUUUGUAAUGAGCAAGUGUAAAAUUAGGCAGCGGGCCCAGCUGAGUGAACCACAGGGUACACGGAGCCAGCUGCUAAACAGAGCCGAGGACCAGACUCAGCGUUUUGUUUCCCUGUUUGUGCUGCGUUUUGUGAUAUGGGAUGGAUGGGAGCAACUUGACUUCACUUCACGAGCGAGUCCUGACUCUCUGAGGGUUCUCCAGAGUCCUCAGCGCGCAGUCAGCGGACCGGAUCACUUGGAUCCUACGCUGGUAUGUUUGAAGAGGAAGGAUAAAGAGUGUCAACGAUACAGCGGAGUAAAGCAAGGCUGCCAUUGUGGUGGUGCUGGGCAGGUUUCCCCUUCUCCACCCAGCCCACCCUUUCCCCUGCUCCCCCCGGCCUGUGUCCAUAUUAGGGAAAAACUCAGCCAACCUCCCCUAAAGCUGAGCUCAACCCUCCACCCCCCACCCCCCCCAACAACGCCCUGCUGUCACAUUUGCUUCAGCGAAGGGAGCCUGAGGGAGACGGAGCUCCCCUAACCCAAUUUGAAGGCCUGUUUUCCUGGCCAGUCAAAACAGCAGAAGCAUUUUAAAAAUGGAUGCAGAGCACCAAGGCCAGUCGAUUGUUUUGUUUUUAUAAUCUACAUUUUAAAUAUGUCUUUACUUUAACAGAUCUUGACUUCUUAUUGUUUCUCUAUGUGCAAACACCUUUAAUUUCAGUUCCCCCAGAAUAAUAAAACCAUCAUCUCGGCUGUUUUUGCAACCGUGCGUUUACACUGCCAUCAUUAAUAUCAAUUUGUAGGUCAUUUAUGCUACUGAAUACCUAAUUGUAUUCCUAGUAGUGUGCUAUUAUGGUCCCACGGUGCUUCUUUUAUGACUCCUUCAGGGUACAUAAGUUUCUGGAGCAGAGCAGAAACAACACCCAGCGGGGUCUGAGGUAGCGCGAUAUUCUCGGUUUAGACUCGGUCGCUUUUGUUUAAGGAUCACAGGGUAAAAAAAUCUCACCAGUGGGAUUAAAAAAUCUCCCAAAAAACAAGCAGUAAAGUUAAGGUACUUUGUGUAGCACUGGUAGACACACUACCUAAACAAUUGGUUUUUGCCUGUCUGUCAUUUUCCGAGAGAUUCCCAAACAGAAGUUAUUUUGGGUCUUUGGUGUUGACUUUGGUUUUUCUUUGGUUUAUACAAAGUCUCUCUCAGAGGAAACGGGUCGACUUGAAGGACGUUAGGAACUUUAGAGGUAGAGCACAGACAUGUUGGAGCUUAAACAGUGAAAAUUGUUGAAAUAAAAGGUACAAUCAAAUCACAUGUGAACUCAUAAUUUAAAAGAGUUUGGUCAAAGUGUUUCAGAGUUAGCACAACCUGGAUGGUGGAUACUAUACCCACUUUAUCCAGUUACUUAUUUGUCUUUUUAUCGAAAAAUUAGGUACAAAAUUUUAAAAGUAGGGAGGUGAUCAUGGCGGACGCUGGUGUUGGGUGGUAUGAACAAAAUCUUAUAUUAUGAUAUGAGUAAUUUCAUAUCACGGUAUGUUUUCCCCCUGUAAAUUAGAUUAAUGUCUUUAAAAUAAGCAAACUGUCACAUUUGUUCAUUUUCCUUUUAUUUUUAAACUCGGAUUUGUAAACAAAUGUAAACAAAAUGCCAAGUUAGUUUUCUUGUAUUGCACCAAACUCUGUCCAGAUUGCAGUGUUGCAAAACUCGUAUCAAAUCUGGUUUUACACGCUUCGCUGUAUUGAGCCCGUGAAACUGGUGUUCAUGCAAUCCUGCACGCUUAAACUUGCAAACUGAGACAGCGCACGAUUCACAAUGACCCUGUCCAACCAAGAAUGUAAACACUGGACAUUAACUUGGCUAUCAUGGGUCAGUUUUCCUGUGUUAAGCUUUUUGCACAAACCAAAUUACAAUGUAAACUGACCUGGAUCGUUUUAGACUUAGAAGUGGAGCGAUUGGUCUGCAGUGAGGCUCAGCAAUGACACAGGACUUCCUUUACUGCACAGCAAAUGACAAAAACUUCAUUAUUUUCUGCAGUGAUGGGCAGAGCUUUGGUCUCUUAAAGUUUGAAAUAUUUAAAUCAAGUUUAUUCUGUCCAAAUUUCUCCCCUCCAAAUGCUUUUUGUGACACUUAUGAAGUCUGAAGAUUUGCUAAUUGUCACCUGACUGUGAGGAUGUAAACUGGAGCCAAAUUCCUGUAACUGCAGAUCAGGUUCAGCUGGCUUGGAGUUUUUGAAAAACAACAGCAGUUCCUGUUACCUUUUAGAAAGAGUUCUUGUGGGUUCCAGCACCAUUAGCAUAAUGGGACCAUUGUACGAUUCUUUGAAAGUUUCUCACCUUAGUUUUUGGCCUCAGGUAGGAGCAUAGUGCUGUGAUUUAGCAAAGAGGGGGAACUGUGCAGAAGAAUAAAACAGUCCUGAUAUAACUGUGGGGUUAGACUAAUAAAGAGAAGAAGCUUAACCUGAAAAGGAACUUCACACAGUUCCCAUACUGCUCAGCCUGCCCGGGUUUAACGUCUUUCUCUCUUGUUUUUGGUUCGUACAGACAGAGCACACAAACCCAUAUCCUGUUCCGCUGAACGCCAGUUCACGAUGUUGACAAUGAAUGAGAGGUUGUACUCGCACAAGUGUGACUUCUUUCAUUUUCUUGUUGUGCACGUUCUUCUUUUGUGGUUCACAUGCAUCAUCUUUGCCAGGAAUAGAACUGAGGACACGAGUGACGCAUACAACCAGCUCUGAACAGUAUGUAAUACUCCUGCUCAAUAUUGCAAUGAUGAUUUGUUGUGUGGUAAUAAAUACUGGAGUGCAACAGGACAAGUUAUAAACAACAAAUUGUAGUUUUCUGCUGUUUUGCAAGUUUGGCACACGGCUAAAUCAUCAUGACUUCUUUUUUUACUCUUCACCUUCCUCAGCCAUUAGAGUGUUAUUAUUAUAAUUAAGUAUUUUUGAGCAAUUUUUAGCCUUUAUUGACAGAAUAGAGUGAGAAUGGGGAGGACAUGCAGCGCAUGGUCUGGGCCGGACUCGAGCCCGCAAUCACUGCGGGGACCAUGGUCCCUAUGUAUGGGGCGUGCUAACCCGCUCAGCCAUCUGCGCGCACCUAGCCAUUAGAGUACUUUUAAUUAAUUGAAAUGUAAUCAUUUGUAGAUUUAAGGCUAGCUUAGGGCUGGGCGAUAAACCGAAAAUAUACCAAUACCAACAUUUAUGACAAUAACCGACCUCAUUUUGGUCGUAGGGGUAAAUUAUGUGUCAAAAAAAUACAGUUUUUUUGGAUACGUGCAGGUAGGCUCUGGUCUCAUGUCUCUUUAAGACACUGUCCUAUCUCCAAGACGUGACUCCACCCCAUCCAGUCCGUAACAAAGAGGAAAAGACACAACGGUUCAAAAGUUGUAGCGGCGGCUGAAGUAGACGAAGUUAAUGUGGGAGGGGAUAAGCAGCUUGUGGAGUAGUUAUCGUCCAUUUAUCUUUAUCGAGAUGAACUGUUCGAUAUAUCGUGAUAUUGAUUUGAGGCCAUAUCGGCCAGCCCUAGGCUUUCUGCAACCCUAAAGGCUCCAACUACUUCAGUACGUCCAAACAGGGAUACUCCAAGUCUCCAGUUUCCUUGUCCUUUUAACCUAAAAAUAACCUAAUUUAGCCUAAUUUACUAAACACUAUUUAACCAGGUGUAGCUUACAUGAACAUAGCCUCUAUCACUACCAGAAAGAUUUCACAGAUAAACAUCUCUCUGGUUCAGUGAUAAGACAGUAAUCUAACCAGACAAAACUUUCAUAUCUGAAUUUUUCAGAUCAGGAAACAGCUCCAGGUAGUUGUGUUGUAGUUGUGCAACAUCUUGGACCCGGCACAUAACUUCUGGAAAGGCUGCUCUCGUCUAUUUCAGUCUGUUUUGCUCCUCACUAGAACUUUAAAUUAUAAAGAAAAGGAGAGGUUAGAGAUUCUCUUUCUUUCCCUUCCAGCUGACUGUAAAUCCAUCAUCCAUUCAUCAGCUGUUGCUAUGCAGAAAGGAAGAUGCUCCCGAGUUGUCACACACAUGCACACAUUCAUUACUCGGUCUUCCAGCCCAUUGAACCUCCAUUGAGGUUUAACCCUUGCUUGAACCCUCAGAGGGUGUCUGCAGUGUGCAGAUGUGCCCCUUCCCUCCAAAACCUAUUCUUUGCGUUCACGUCAGCCCAACAAACACGCAGCCUCAAACACUCGUAUAUCUCCUCUAUUUGUCUGAAAGUGAAAGCCAAAGGUGGUAACUCCGGAGACGUCUGCUCGCUCGUAAAUCUGCUCGCAGGCUCCACUCGCGUGACCCCAAGCGUUGGAAAUAUGCGUUUUCCAGUUGUGGAGGAGACGCUCAUCCAAGUAAAUAAUUGAUUUACAGGUUCAAUCCUGGAUUUCUGCAAACGUCAACAGCUGUCACGCUAUGCUGGGUUUAUGCUGCGGUGCUCUGUCUGCAGUUUAAUGGAGUAUGUUAUGGAGCGAUAGAAACUGACUCGACUCAGAGUUCAGUUUGUAAGCUCAGACAUUACCUUCUCAUAGCUGAUAGUGAGUGAGAGACAGCUUAAAAACACUAAAGAAGAAACUGGAUUCUCAUUUGUGUUCAGACUGAAUGGGAAUCCGAGUUCAUUUUUAAGAUGGAAGCUGAAUUGUAGAGCACGUCUCGCUCUAAACUGGGUCGUGGCCUAUUUCUCGCCUCAGGACAAGAAACUGUUCUUGCCGGGGGACACCCGCUCAGCAGAAGUCAUCUGUGGACGCUAUCUCUGAGAAUCAAGAGGAGCUUGGUUUUGUUUUGAGCAGCAGAUGAUUUUUGUAAACUCUCUGCCAUCACUGGGAGAAGAAAAACAGGAUCUUCUGUCCUAAACAGUGUCUCAGCGGUAAAGUUAAUCAUCUGCACAUUCACCCUCGGCUCCUUCAUCCUACCUGCUGAAGACUCCUCGGGCAAAAUACGGUUUCUCCUCUCUUAUCAAAGCUGAUAUUUUCUAACAAAGUGAACUGAGAUACUCUGGAUUUAUGUUCUUGGUAAAACAACAGGAAUAACACAGAAUGGAUAAUAAUCACGAUAAUACUGACACGGAUUAAAACUUGUAUCAUCCUCACACCUGAUUGAGUAAACCUGCCGUGAAAUCCCUUUCCUUGAAACUAACAGUGUUUCAAUUAUAAAGCCUGUUUGUUGUAAUGGUCUUUUACGCAGCGCUGAUGUUUGCUGAUGAUGAGGAAAUGUGAAAAACAGAGGAAAUUGUGGAAUUUGUCAAAAGAAGGAAACUCAAAGGUUGAACAAUGUGGAGAUGUCGUAGAGAUAUAAAGCUGUUGAGUCACUUUCAGGCUCUGAGAUUGAGUCGAGGGUUUGAGGGGUAUUUUAGAAAUUCAAGUUUCUGCCUCGAAUUGUCAUAAUUUUUAAAGUAAGUCUUUCGUUUGGUGAUUGGCGUCAUUUUUUUAGUCUGUCUGUUCCAAGAAUAAAGGAGAAAGUUUCACACAGUAGAUGAGUGGAGUCACUCCAGGUUAAAUGAGUAUUAAUAGCAGAUGUUUGGCUGUCAGAAUAUUCAAGAAUAACACAGUUAAAUGAUUAAAAGCAUUAGUUAUGGCUUGAUAACUAUAGUUUGGAGAGCUACAGGUCAGACUGUGCUGGUUAAUUAGCCUGAGCGCUGAUUUACUUUGAGUUUUCAGUCAUUUUUAGGCUGAUGUUGGAAAUACAAACACAAUCUGAAGGCACGGUUCUUGAUCUGAUGAAACUUUUGCAUAUCGACGCUUUUUCGUUCUGCAAGAAGACAUGGUGUAAGAUGUUUUUGAUUAGAUUUGCAAUCAGUUCUUUCACAAACUGCAGAUUAAAAAAGGAGUUUUCUUUUUUUUUUGUUUUAAGAUCAGUUCAGAUUUGCUCUACUUCAGUCACUCCACUUUCUUUUUCGCCGUUACAACAAUCAAGUCUUUCUUUCUGUUUUAAGACUUUAUUCAAACGCACAAGUUUUAACGUCUAAUCUGAUCCCUCUCAGGGUUAUUUGUCCUGGUCUUCAUCACACGCAUUGCACUCUUCCUCCGUCUCCCUUUCUUUAACCCGGUAGGUUUGGCGUUCACCUCUCCGGGCGUUGAACCAGAAGUGACAGCAGCUUUCACCACACACCUUCCUCUUUUCUAAACUGUUGAAGAACAAAGUGUGUCUGUUCCCUCAGGGGUUCCACUCUGCCGUGUUUAUGUGCUUCCCCCAUUUAAAUGAAUGUCACCGCUGUCACUAUGGAAACAGAUAGCUGUUAGACACAGGGUGCGUGAAUAUGACAAGACUGUUAAUGUUUUCAUGCACGAUCAUGAAAAGGAAAUUGUCCCAGGUUGAUUAGAAAUAUAAACUUGUGUAUUUAUGCAGCUUACGGAAGAGUCUAAGGAUUUACAGAAUUUCAUUAUUUGCUUUUUAUUUACUUUCCUUAACUGCUCUUGAGUUUUGCAAAUCAAGUAUCCAAAGAGGAUAGAAAACACUGACUCUUUGUUUUUAACAGACAGUUUGCAUGCCAAGCUUUUACCUGGAAGCUUAACCACACAAAUGCUAUGUUGCAACCAUGGCACAAUAUUUGCAUUUUUCCAUUUAGAGUGUGACAAAACAAAAUGAACUGACUGGAUUAAGAAGGGUGCAAAAUAAUUUGUAUUUAUAGGCGUUUUUGAUCAUGCACCUUGUCCUUAAAGGCCACUGUUGCUCCAUCGACAGAAGGGUUGAGCGAGGGAGUACUUCAGUCUAGAAAACAUGAGUUAGAUGUCAUAUAAUACGUCUAUUUCUACAAACUGUACCUUUAAUCCUGGUUUACAAAUCUCACAUUGUCUCUUAAGUUCAGUUGCAUUACUCUUCAUGACAGUGCAGAGGUUUCUUAUCUCAAUCAUACUUUGCUAACUCAUAAUCAUAAUAAUAAUAAUAAAGCUGUGUUGUUAUCUUUUUGGGGGUCGGUGGAAAUUUCCAGUCUGGCUCCUCCUGAUUGAUAUUUCCUGAAAAACAUGUUUAUUUUUUUGGGAGUCUGCAGCGUCGCUGUCUGGCUCCACCACCUGCAGAGAUGAUUGACAGAUUUACUGACUGCUGAACUGACUCAUCUGUCUGGCUGAAUGUGUGGCUACUAGGGCUGUAAAGUCCUAGUCGACCGGUCGAUUUAUUAGUCGAUGCGUGCUGAGUUGACCAAAGUUCUGAUUGGUCGACUCGAUUUUUUUCCACGUCAAUUUACAGUCUAUGGUUAAUUUCAUCAGGAGGGGAGUGCCAAGGGGUAAUGGGGGUGUUUUCAGAGCAUCCCCGUUUCACAGGUAACAGCUUGUCUCAGAACACCCCCCUUGUUUUCAACAUUUUGGGUUUGCCCAACCCACUGGAGACAGGAAGAUUGAAAAGCAUCAACAGAACCCAUGCGGCGUCCAGAAAAGAUAGAACUCUUGCGAUCAGCUGUGGAGUCUGGCGAUUGACACAUAAACUUGAAUGGUUACUUUUAGCUACGAUCCGGGAAGUGAUAUAUAUAUUUUUUUGUAGGACAUUAGGGGAAAGUCCCGCCUCCUUCACCUCUGAUUGGCUAGAAAAGCUGGAAAUGUCCUCACACACUCAAGCCAAACGUGGGCUGUCAGCUCUGUACAUCGAACAGUACAUUACAGAACGUUAACACACUUUUGAAUCUCCUAACCCUAAUCUGACAGACAAUGACAUUUCACAGCCAUUAGGGAUUUACCAAUCCAAGCCUAGCACCUCUAGCCAAUCAGAGGCGAAAGAGGGCCGGUCCUUACCCUACCAUCCUACAAAAAAAAAAAAAUCGCAUCUGGUAAUACGGCCUUUUCGUAGCCGUUUCGGCAUUGGAAAUUAUGGGUUAAUCAUUGUCCGGGAGUUUGCUGAACAUUUUAUUUUUAUUUUGAGCGUCUCAACUUGCCCUUUUGUGUUUAAUUGCCUCCUUUUGCUGAUAUCAGUAUAUUUUCACCGUAAAUCCCCCACUCCCCUCGAUUAGUCGAUUUUUGGUUGAAAUUUCAGGGUUUUAGUCAACGAAGAAAUUCUUUGGUUGAUCACAGCUCUAUUAAUCUGACUCAUCUGUUAGGCUUAACGUGUGCCCACUUAGCUGAAAGGAUGGCGAUCAGGAUAACUGGUCUAAUUUUGUAGAGUAAUUCCAGCUAUCUUUAAAAGAGGAAGGAGUAAAAGAAGAAAGAAAGCAGGACAAAUAUAAAAGGGAAGGAAAGAGAGAGUGAGUGAAUGAAGAAGUGGAUGCUCAGAGACAGAGAAGUUGGAUGAAUAGUAAGUGAAGUGGGUGUGAUGGUGGAGUGUCUGCUCUCAUCAGCGCUCAGUCUGUGCGGUCCACAUGGUGAUUUGGCGAGUGUGUCUAAAAAGGUCCAGAAGGAGCACAUGAAGAGUGCUGUGUGUGUGUGUGUGUGUGUGUGUGUGUGUGUGUGUGUGUGUGUGUGUGUGUGUGUGUGUCUGCAGACGAAGUGCGAUGUUGAGGUGAAACCCGCUCAUGUGUCAGACUUCGAGCGCUCGCCAUUCAUUUCCAUGCCCUUAUAAGGAGAGUCUCUACUGUCCUAGCAGAGCAUCCAUCCACAGCAUCUUCCAUCCUUCUGUUGCCAUGCAGGUUCUCCAGAGGAGGGAUGGGGGUCAGCACAGACAGAUGAGGACUAUUCGCAGUGACAGAUGGGACUGUGCCGCAGUAGAGCUCGCUGUCUUGAUGCGCUUGAAUUUUAUUUGUUGUUUUCCAUCAAAGCUGCGGCGACUGAAAAACCGGACUGUAUGUCAAAGCUUACAAAAUCACCGCCAGACCAUCAGAGCAUGAGAAAUUCAGACUCUAAUUUCAUGAGCAUUUCAUCAAAUUAGUGUUACCCAGAUCAUCAGGACGGCGUUUGGCGUUUUACUGCUGCAUAACCAGCUCUGCUGCACAUUUGGGUGUCAGCGUUAUUUACCCCAUUCAGAAGUGAACCUCUACAAACCAGCUUAAACCCUCAGUUACCUUGUUAGCCCCAAAUCCUGCUUUGGAGUGCAGACCUCCAGUAAGACCACAUAAGCCGUGGCAGAUGGGCAAAAACAUUUGGAGGCACAACACUCGCUGUAACCACCCAAAAGGAUAAGAGUGGGAGAUAAUGGAUAAUCUUAUUUACAUAAUUCCUGGUGUCAUGAUUUAAUUCAUUAUUGAUUACUAAUUUCAAGAAUUGAUCCCAGUUAUUGAGGCUUUAUUUUUGUGUUAUUAUAUUAGUCUCACUGGUUAAUUAUCUUAAAUUAAAGGCAGAUAUAAGACAGACGAACAAAAGUAGUCUCUGCCAGGUCAGGAAAAAACGUCAUGUCACACAUAGAUGCCAUGAUUCGUUAACUUUGAAGUUGUUGAACCUAAAUUGAACCUAAACACAUGGCUUAUUCCAUUAUUGCUAAUACGAUUACUCUGGUGUUACACGCUGUUUCUUGUGAAUGGACUGUUUUCCAGCCCUUAAGCUACUCAGCACUUUAUAACUGUUUUCUUCUUUUUCGCUCAGACCUCUCUGGUGGAGGUCAGUGUUUUAUGAGUUACUUUAACACUGGCUGAUGAUCUCCUGCAGGUGCACUGAGUGGACUUUGCCAACAAUAAUUUAAUUUACCUGUUUAUUGUUUGAAGUAGGGCUGCACGAUUUUGGCCAAAAAUAAAAUCCAGUUUUUUUUUUUCACUGAAAACUCGAUCCAGUCUUACUUCUGUUUGCUGUGUGCUAAUGUGCAAUUUUUUAUUUGUUAAUAAAUAAUAUUAAGUAAAUUUAUAUCUGUGUUAAUCUGUUACCUUUUUUUAACUGAGCUAAUGUCAAGCCUUAUGCCUUCACUCACAGGGCGAGGUAUACAGAUCAUUCAUUCAACCAUAGUAUUGGAUUGGUCUCAGAUAUCGGCCGAUAUGUUCAGCACAGGUAUCCGAUUGGAUCGGUGCAUCUCUAGAUUAACUUCUGCGUUUACUCCUGAAUUCAUUUCCGUGUGGACGGGUUGAUACUGCCUUCGGACAGACUUUGCAGCAGGGAGUGGUUUGCUCAUAGACUGUAUGUAGAAUGGACGCCGUCUGCCUUCUUGCUGGCCACUCCGAGAACAGCUACCUCUGGUGACAGGCUGCAGCAUAGGUCAGAAAUCCCGCCUCCUCCAGCAAUCCCUAUGGAGCUGUGGACAAACUUUAAAAAUUAAUGACACAGAAUGUAAAUGUUUCUCCCCCCUGCUUGUGAUGUUGACUUGUAGUUACUGUCAGACUGGUUUGAGCUCAAGUCCUCCUUUUUCUAUACAGCUCCAUUUUUAAAAGUUAUGGGGGGGUUCAUGUUUUCUAUGAUUGACACUUGAUACAGCCUAUGGGCGUUCAAGGAUUGUGUAGCUCACCCGGGGGGAUGCACUGUUUGAGCAAAGCGUCAUCACAGCGACUCUCAGCAACUCUCCCCCCACAUUCCUCCCGAGAGGAAAAUUGAUUUGACAAUUUAAAUUUUUUUUAACAUCAUCAUUAUCAAAUAAUCCGAUAACGAUUUAAAAUGGAUUAAUCGUGCAGCCUUAGUUUGAAGUUUUGGAGUUUGAAAGUGACCGAAAAAUGAGGAUUUUUUUCCCCUCUUCCUGAGCUGAGAGACAAGAGUCACACUGAAUUUGCACUCCUCUUUUUUUUAGACAGGAAGUGACAGCAUCAUCUUUUUCUGCAUUUUUCUGCAGUCAGGCUGGAGGGAGUUUGCACCAGAGUGACCAUUAGCAGCCGCAGCUUGUCAGGGGACAUUUAAUCCUCCAGUGAACAUGGAGCGGACAGAGCCUUAAUCAGCUUUAUUUGGUUAUAACAUAUAACAGACAAGGGUGUCGAUUUCAGCGUGGUUAAUUAUUUAGUGGUGUGUUUUCUGAUGGGGGGAAGGGUUGUGUUUGUUUGCUGAAUGCUUUUUUUUUUUUACAUGUCAGGAAAAUAGAGGAAGCGUGUAAAUGUGUCGAGGUGUACCGAGCUCUUCUGCUCAUAAAACUGCUGUAAGAUCGUUUUUCCUCGCUCUGUAGUAUCAUCUAUCAUCGCUCAGUCUGUAUCGAUUCUCACAUAGAUUCCUUCUUUUCUUUCGUUUCAGAGACAAAGAACAAAGCGGAUGAUAUAGACAGCGAGCCAAAGUCUUCCACCAGAGACGGUACGGGAUGAUGCACACACAUAAAAACACUCCAACUAACAGUUUUUUGGGCAAGUGAAGUCAUGCCUCAAAACGACCAUGCUCUAAGCUGCUGCUGCUGCUGCUGCUGAGGCACAUCAGCCCAGCAACAAUGUCGAGGUUUAGAUGAUUACAGUGAGGAUUAGUCUGCACUUGUUGUAUUAAAGCCCAAAACUUUCUGCUCUGAAAGCUGCUGAGCUGUUUGUGCUCAGGACUGUAAAAAAACGAGGCGGUGGACCAGGAGAACAGAAAUCAAAUAACCGGAAAUACUCUGGAUACAAAAUCUCAAGUGGGAUCGCUUUGAUUUUAGUGAUAUUAAAGAUAAUGUUAUUACCGGCACCCAGUAUUAACAGAUAGCAUAAACAGUAGAAAGUAGAAGGUCAAAGUUUCCACUCUGUCUGACUCAGCUGCAUCGAUAAGAAGUCAUGAAAUAGGAACCGAGCAGACGAGAAAAUUCUCUGUGCUUCUUCCUUCCCCGUCUGGGAUCGAGGCUGGUGAGUGCAGACAGGAAAGUGUCACGUAACAGAAACCAGCUUCUGUCUCUCUAAAGCUUAUCAUACAUGUCAGAUAAUUAAUCCAAUUGUUAUCCUGUAACUGUUAUUCAAAAAUCAGAGUUUGCAUAGACGGUCACACACCUAAAUGAAACUGCAAAGGCACCAAAAGAGUUUUAUUUGUCAUUCCAGUCUGCAAGAGAAAAGAACGAAACUAGGAAUCAUAAUAAAAUCAACAUUAAUUGUGCAUUAAAAAUAUAACAAUGGUGUUUACAGCAGUUUUAACCUAUAUAAAGAUAAUAUUUACAAUCGACCUAAUCUAAAACAAAGUACACACGGGGUAAUUGGAGUGCAAACAGGCCUGAAAAGGUAGAGCUAAACUGAAGGUAGAUGUCUCUGCGUGCUUUUUUCGUUUGAUAUUUCUAGAUAUCUUUGUGUCCAUUGUUAGUCAUCAUUUGAAAACACUUAAAGGCAUCAAAAUAAACACCAUUUCAUCUUCUGACUGUGUUGAACUGAGGUCAAACACUUGAUUUAAGAUCCAGUUCUGUUUUUGACUUUUUAAACACCCUACAUAUGAAACCAUAAAACGACAAGGGGAAUUUUUUUUUAUAACAAAAGAGGAAACCACAGGAUAGAUGUUGAAUCAUUGACUAAUUAUCACACAUUCCAGUGUGUGAGAGUGAAGGCCUCAUUAACACAGCCUCACAGACGGCUCUUUAAAAGUUUCUCAACAGUUAAACAUUUCAUGACAGAUAAACGCUCCUGCGACUGUGUUAUGUUUUUUGUUUUUUGCUUUUUAAUUCAGCGAUUAAUCUCCUGUUUGAACCUGUAUUCAUUUCAUUUUAACUUGGACUUCCUGAGAGAUGAGUAGCCUUUGAAAAAGCUGAUUUCUUACUGGAAUACUCACCUUUUUGGGGGGCGUCAGUAUUCAGUCAUGUGUGUGUUAUUCUUGCUCAGAGUAGGGUCUAGAUUAACAGCCCACCUGUUGUAGGAUAAGUCCUGUAAUUCAUGGUUGUAGCGAUAGAAGAGACACAAAAAGAAAGAGGAUGGAGAAGGUAGAGAAGGUGUCUGAUUGCGCCCUAACCUCGACUGGUUCCUGAGAAGGGGGUCCUGAUAACUGAAAUUAGAUCUGGACUCUGUGUUCCUCUCUAUCAGUACUUUAUCCAUAAAUAGUAGCCUUAGCAUACCAGAGAGCAGGACAGCUUCGUUUUGACACUCCCCACUGUAAGAAAGCUACCUGGAAAACUCGCUGCAUUCACGCCACACAUCUCAAAUGACUCACAGCCAUAAACGAGCUCUCUGGAGGUUGUGUCGGAAAUGACAAAUAAAUGAUUUCCCCUAAAGGUGACAGUAUAUGGGAGGUUUUACUCUGGACACACUUAAUACAAUAAAUGAGAAUGCCCCGUUCCCACUGUCACAUGACUCUUUGGUGUGUCAUGAAAACAAACAAUCAAUUAAGGAUGUUGCUGGAAAUUCCUCUGGUAGUUGUGAGAGACAGAACAGACAGAGUUUGGGUGGUUACCUGAUACCUGAGGGUGGAAAAACCAGAGUUCUCCACCUCAGGCGCAGACAAGCAGGUCUGUUAAGAAACGAGUCGUAGCCGCAGGUUAAGGUUUGUCUGCUGCAGCACGUGUCGUGUACCUACUCUAAUCCCUGUUAUUACAUUAAAGCUGCAGUGCCCCCUUCUGGUAGAUUCUUAUACUUGAAAACUCCUUUAUAUUAAUAAUCAUCCACGUUAGGAGAUUUAUGACACUUUCCCAAGAGUCGCAGCUGUUCCUAUUGCUGCCUCUCUGACUGAUAAUCACUCCUGUUUGAGUUUGAGGAGUGCAGACGGGAUGAAGGGUGAAUACCAUGGAGGGAAAUAGCCCACACUUUGCUGCAGGCUGUGCAGAAAAAUGCAGUGUGAUUAUCAUGUGCAACUCGCAGCACAAUGUCUCCUCUGUUGUCACUUCACACUAUGAAUUAUAAAAGUCAAAAGAGGUUAGUUCUGUGUGUGUGUGUGUAAAUCUGCAGCCUUAAUGAAACUGGUUAAAACACUAUUUCUCUAAAAUCAGAUCAACUUUUAUUUUCCAGUUUAAUGUCAGCUUUAAUCCUCUGAACCUGCCGAUGUUAUACUGUUAUACUCUACUGUGAUGCCUCCCUUUUACCGUAAUCAUGACCCUAUAUUAUGCUUAAGGUCUGCAGUGAUUACAGAGUGCGUGACCACCCUCCAUGGCUCAGGAGGUAGACAUUUUCCUGGGAAUUGCUACCUUCUCACUGUCUUCUCCCUCCAAUAAAAACCUCCAUUGAGUGUAACUGCCAGUUAGGGCUUCAUCUGAGUGUUUGGCCACGUUUAGAGAGACCUGAAUCCAGAUGAGUCCGGUGUCCGGUUCAACAGCUCAGGAGUUUUAUUCUUGUGAAAUGUUCGGAAACAUAUUGCAUUCACUUACAAAAAAAAAGGGAACUUUUUUUUGGAAUAAUUUUUUUGUCUUUGUGUUUUCUGACAUUUUUUUUUUCCUGACUAAAUGAGAUACUUCAAAAUCCUGCGAGAAUCUUAUACAAUCAGAUCACAUUAACCACCGCGGCUGCUCCAAAUCUGCAUGUUCUCCAGCUCAUAGAUAACUUCGACUAACUUCAAGUAAAGUAUGUUUUUAUUUAAAUCCUGAGGCGCCUGCACAAAGUAGACAAACUUAUAAUAAUUCCAUAUAUCUGACUAAAAGAAAGGAGGAUCUACCGGUGUCCAGACCCAAAAGAAAGUCAAACUUGAUUAAACUAAAAAAGUGGGCCGUGUUUGCUUCCAAUAAAUCGAACAGAGGGAGAUGAGAGCAUCUGUUUUUAAAUUAUCAUGAUCCCAGAGAAUAAAAAAAACAUUUGCCUGACAAAUGGAAAAGAAAAAGAAAUUGUCCAAAAAACGAAAAAAAGAAAAAAAAAACUCUGAAAACCAGAAAAAAUCAGCCCAAAAACAGAAAAGGAAAAAAAAAUAUCUGAAAAACAUAAAAGAAGUAAUAAUACUCUGAAAAACAGAAAAAAAAUUGUCCAAAAAACAAAAAAGGAAAAAAUAUUCCAAAAAACAGAAAAGAAAAAAAUUGUCCGAAAAACUAAACAGAAAAAAAUUACUCUGAAAAAAAGAAAGUAUACUCUCAAAAACUGAAAAGAAUUUUUUUUUUUGAAAAACAGAAAAAAUAUAUUCUCCAAAAGACAAAAAAAGGAGAAAAAAAAAACUGAAAAACAGGAAAAGAAAUUAGUCUGAAAAACUGAAAAGAACAAAAAUUGUCUGAAAAACUGAAAAAAAAGGAAAGAGAAAAACAUUACUUGGUAAAACAGAGCUUUUUUUCAGUAUUAUUUUUGGUGAAAGCAAUACACUACACAACUAAAGCACUGAUGUCUAAGUUCUGUUUCAGUUGCAUCUCCAUCCCAACAGGAUCCAUGACUGAAUUGUUUGAUGUCUUUGUAUUCAUGUCUGUUUUUUUCACUGUUGUAUUUUGACCAUCAGGUUUGCUGGAAUGGGUAACCUGCUAAAAGUCCUAACAAGGGAAAUAGAGAACUAUCCACACUUUUUCCUGGACUUUGAAAGUAAGUCUGGCAAAGGAGAGGAAGAGAUGGAUGGAGACAGAGGUGUGGGGGUGGAGGGGGGGUGUAACCAGCUCAGCUGUUUCCUUUCCGUCAGCAGGUCUUUGCUCUGGAUGACGAAACCCUGAAGCUUCUGCUUCUGUCUUCUACCUUUUUCCACCUUUUCUUUCACCGGGGUCGUGACCGUCUGCUCCUCCUGUUUCCUCCACUUCCUCCAUUACCUGUCGAUGACUUUUUAACAUCACACCUCCUUUUUUUUCUUCUCUUUCUGUAUUUACUGUCUUGCAGAAACCAAAUGGGGAAUCUGUUAAAAGUGCUCACUUGCACAGAGCUUGAACAGGGGCCAAACUUUUUCCUUGACUUUGAAAGUGAGCACAGCUUCUGUCUGUCCGUCUGUCUGUCUUUCUGCUUCGUCAGCCCCCUCUCCCUUCUUCAUCCCUGAUUCAUUUUUCCUCUAACCUCUCCUUAGCUGCUCUGACUGGUCAGGGGUCAGCCUAUUCAGCCAUUAUAAUGUCAACCUUUCACCCCUGGAUGUAUAGUAGCUCAGGAUUGAGGUUUUAAAAUCCUUUCAUUGCAUGCCAACUUAAAAAAUAAAUGGAGCUGACCCCUAACCUUUGCCGUCUGCUUGUACUAACUCGUCUGCAUGCAUGCUCUUAUAUGUGCUUAUAUUGUAAUCACAUUAUCCUGCAUACAUGUGGAAUAAUGUGAUUGAUAACCCAUUAUUAUUAGCUCAAGUUUAUAGCGUUUGGAAAGUUAGGAGAGAUACAGAAUAUUAAAUCCUCAGCUUUACUGCUCUGCUCCUACUGUUUACGCCAAAUAGUCAAAUUAACUCAAUGUUAGCGGCAAAAGAAAUCUCCUUUGGCCUUUCUUUGCUUGAACCUCCUACAGCGAAAAAACACAAUACGCCUCCACAGAGGCAUUUCAGCGCUCUCACACUGCAGCCAACCUCAGGCUUUGUUUACUCUGCAAAGAGGAAAUGAUGGAAGUGGAAAGGUUUUAAAAUGCGAAACAGACUCCAGACUCACACUUUUAUUAUGAUGCUCUACAUUUAGAGCUCUUCUUCUUCUUCUUCUUCUUCUCCCUGUGGUCACCAUAACCGAAACUUGUUACUAAAGAAUUCCUUUAGGAUCAUGACGAUGACGUUUCUGGCUCUGAAAAUGUUAAAAGUCUUUAGAUUCUGCAGCGCCAGCUAAACUCAGGCCUGCAGAGCAAAAUAAAUAUUUGACGCCAUGCAGAGUGAAACAAAAACUUUGACUAGUAGAGACGCGGCUGAGCUCAGAAAACCUGUUUAUUUGCGCUAAUAUUUCAGAUGUACUUUGGAUGAACAUUGUGAGUCAAGAGUUCAACAAACCUUUUUAUUUUUAGAAAUAUUUCACUGUAGAUCUGUCUGUUUUUUUGGCACAUAUUGCACAUCCCUAAAGAAGUUUAUCAACAGUCAACCUCACUUGACUUUACUGUCAAGUUUCUGACGCUGACUCUGAGAUAACACAGAGGUUUAAUCAUUAAACCGGUGCAGAGCUGCUCUGAGAGAAACGAUCAAUGUCCGAGGUUUGCCUUUCAAAUUAAAAGCGUCACUUUGAUAAGUAAGGAGGCAAAUAUCGGCGGCUGACUGUUGAUAAACUCAUGUGGAUGUCCUGUAUGGUGGUUUUCUGUGCUGGCUGUUUUUGUCGUCACCUGUGAGCUUUUAGUGGAGACAAAAACAGCUGUGAUCCCCCCAGUGAGUGUCCGUCAUGAUUGCAACCCCUCUUGGUAUCAUUUGAAGCCCUUUCACAUCAAGAUGCUGUUUAAAAUAAAUAACUUAAAGAUCAUUGUUUGUGUUUAUAUUCAUGAUUCACUCCUCGAAAAAAAUCUUGAUGUGAAAAGGAGUAAAUCUAAGACUUGACUGUGAUGGUAGAGAAGCAUGAAUGUGUCCGUUAAGUUCGUAUGUGUGCGCUCCCAUGUGUGUACAUUUACAUAUCUGUGUUUGUUAGAUGCACAGCCGACAGAAGGAGAGCGGGAGGUGUGGAACCAGGUGAACUCAGUCCUCCAGGACUCUGAGAGCAUAUUAUCGGGCCUGCAGGCGUACAAAGGAGCCGGUCAGGAGAUUAGAGAUGUAAGAACAUGCAAGAUCACUCACCCUCAGACACGACGUUACAAACAGGAAAAUGUGCAUGUGAAAUAAACACCUAUAUUCUAUCUGUGUUUAAACAUGCAAAAUGUCUCUUAUUUAACUCAAAGAUGCUCUCUAACUGUUGUGUUACUUAAUUUGUUCGUCCCAGGCGAUUCAAAACCCAAACGACUUCACGCUGCAGGAGCGAGCCUGGAACUCCGUGUGUCCACUCGUCAUCAAACUCAAGAAGUUUUACAGUUUUUCCCUCAGACUAGGUAUGGACUAGACUUACCGUAUUUUAGAGAUAUUAAUUUACUGUACUGUGCAUGUCAACACUUAUACCCAACCUAACCUCUCCUCUGUCUGUGUUCCUGCGUCUGCAUGUUUGUGUUUUUGUUCCUGUGUGCAGAAGAGGCUCUACAGAGUUUGUUGGAGUGCUUGACCUGUCCGCCCUUCACGCCCACUCAGCACCUGGAGAGGGAGCAAGCGCUGGCUAAACAGUUCGCUGAGAUCCUCCACUUCACUCUGCGCUUUGACGAGCUGAAGGUCUGCUGGAAACACUCACAGUUUCUCAGAAUUUAUUCUCCUUUUAUAUGACAGUGAAUCGUUGAGGAAUAAAUGCCUGAGCUUUCCAACUUCUUUCAGAUGAGAAUUCCCGCCAUUCAGAACGACUUCAGCUACUACAGAAGAACCAUCAGCCGAAACAGAAUAAACAACAUGAAUGUGAGUGAUUCAGAGAUUGUGUGAAAGCUUUGGGACGCUGUAUCCUUCCUGACGACUUCUUUUAAAAAACUCUAAAAAACAGAAAUAAAUUAGUCCAAAAAACAGAAAAGGAAAAAAAAAACUAUAAAAAAAUUUGUAAAACAGAAAGAAUUUUUUUUUCUUAAAGACAGAAAAAAUCAGACAGAAAACAAAAAAAGAAAAGGUUAAAAAAAAAAGAAAGAAAGAAAAGAAAAAUCUGAAAAACAGAAAAAUUAGUCUAAAAAAUAGAGAAAGAUUAUUUUUUAAAAAAAACAGAAAUGAAAAGAAAAAAUGUCAUGAAAACAGAAAAAAAGAAAUGUCUGAAAAACAGGAAAGAAAAAAAGGCCAAAUAAUAGAAGAAAAAAAAACCUCUGAAAACCUGAAAAAAAAUUGUCCAAAAACAGAAAAGGAAAAAAAAGAAAACAGAGAAAAUAGUCUGUAAAACAGAAGAAGAAAAAAAACUAAAAAAACAGGAAAAAAAUUAGACCGAAAACAGAAAAGGAAAAAAAAAGGAGUAUAAGGUGAGAAAGAAAAUAAAUGAUCAAAUAGUUAUGAUAACAAUCAAUAAAAAUAAUAAAGAUAAAUUACACUGUAAGUUAUCCUGAACAUACAAUGUAAAGAAAGAGUACUGCAAAAAAAAAAAAGGGUCCAGAAAGAGAAAUACACAUUAAAUUGAAACAAUGGGGAAGAAAAUAAAAAUAAAAACAAAUAAUGUAAAAAUUGAAUAAAUAAAAUGGAAUAUUUAAGAUCAGCACUGUUCAACAAAUGUGCAGAUUUAAGUACACUGUAGCCAGGUUGGGUUAGGAAUAAUCCCACUUUGUGAUGGUACUGACCUCUUCUUUAUCGCUGUUGUGUGUUUCUGUUCUCACAGUUGGAUAUUGAAAACGAAGUCAACAACGAGAUGGCCAACAGGAUGUCUCUGUUCUACGCCGAGGCCACGCCCAUGCUGAAAACGCUCAGCACUGCGACCACGAACUUUGUGACAGAGGUAUUUACGUCGUGAUUAAAAGGAACGAACUAGUUUCAUGUUUUUUUAACAAUGAAGAUACAUUCUUUAUCUAAUUUUCAUGUGUGUUUUGUAGAAUAAGACUCUUCCUCUGGAGAACACGACAGACUGUCUCAGCACCAUGGCCAGCGUCUGUAAAGUCAUGCUGGAGACACCGUGAGUCAAGACCAGUAACUUAAAACAAACAUGUAGUCUGAAUUUAUUACUACUUCCUUUAUUGUUGCAUAUUUGACAUCUUUUAAUGGAGGUCAGUGCAGACAUACAAGUUCAGUUCUUACUAGAUGCAUCAUUAGAUAUAUUUGCUACCUAAAACCAGAGAUCACACUCCCAAAGAUUCAACUUUGCAGUUCAAAAAUUAUCGGUUCAUUAAAUUUCCAGAGUGCUAAAGUGUUACUUGGCCCUUAAAUGGUCACUGACAAGGACAGCACAGUUUGGUUAAGAAGGAGAAAGAGAUCUAGCAUCCUAAGGGUCUGUUUUUAACGUCUGCCCUCCAUCCAAGAACAGCCGCCACCUUCACACAGAGACAUAGAUCAGGGAAACAGCACCACCUGCAGGCAGGGAGGCGAAACAGAACAUUUAAACCCAUAUAUCAGCAAAUAUUGCUCAAACAUGUCAGGAGUAAAUCCUUCAUUAGAAAAAAAACUGUAGAUUUCUAUAUUUCUCUCUUCUUUGUUCCUUUAUUUCUCUCUUUCUUCCUUUCCCCUCCUUUGAAGGGAAUACUCGAGUCGCUUCAGCAGCGAGGACACGCUCCUGUUCUGCAUGAGGGUCAUGGUGGGAGUCAUCAUUCUUUACGACCAUGUCCACCCCAACGGCGCUUUCAACAAGUCCUCCAAGAUAGAUGUGAGACGCACACACACUUACACACACCUGUACAUGUUUUAACUUCACAAACAGCGUCACUGCGGAGGAGGUUUGUGAUGCUGUUCUCGAAUCGCUGACUGUGUCCAUUUCUCCUCAGAUGAAAGGAUGCAUAAAAGUCCUGAAGGACCAGCCGGCGGACAACGUGGAAGGUCUCCUAAACGCCCUCAAGUAGGUCACCUCCUCCUCUCAACUUUGUAAUAUUGUGCAUAGAAGUAACAACUGUAUGUUUAUAUGUGGUUUCCUCCCUGGAUUUGUGGAUGCAGUGACAAUCUGUGCUCAUCGAUUUCUGGUUUCUGGUUUCUGGAGGUGACCCAUGCAGUGACGACCAAUACAGAGACAUGUCCGUUUUCAAUACAGUGUCAAAAGAUCAGAGUCAUAAAGUUACAGUUUCCAACCAAUUUCUUUAAAUCUUUUAUUGUGUACUGAAAACAAACUUUUGUGCACACACAAUUUCACUCCCUACUUUCACCUCUGAGUAUCUCAGCCUCAGCAGAAAUGUCUGUUUUUAUACCCAGUCAAUCCUGCUGCUAGUGAACCUGAUUGGUUGAGAGAUGUUCCUCAAGGUGUUACUUUUUAGUAAGCUUUUGAAAUAUGUUGCUGGCAUCAAAUAAAACAUUUUUUUUUAGAUUUGUGCAGAGGAGGAUUAGGGCCACUGGAGGGAAAAAAAAGGUCCAAUAUUUCUUUAUUAUUAUUCUGAGAAAAAAAAGUCAGAAUUCAGCCUUUUUUCUCAGAGUAAUAAUUAUUUUUUUUGUUUUUUUUUCAGUGGCCCAAAUCCUCUUCCGUAGAUAUGUGUCUUUGCUCUUUUUACAGUUCAAAUAAGGGCAUGAAUCACAUGCGAACUGCCUUGUUAGCACCCGAAAUGUAACAAUGACCCAAAAUGUCAUCUAAAAAAUGUAAUAAAAGCCCAAAAUGUAAUAAAAAAGAUGUAAUGUAACCUAAAAUGUAACAAGUUGCUACAUUUUGGGCUCAGUAUCUUGUUACAUUAUUGUUACAUUUAAGGUUUUAUUAAAUUUUUUUAAUAAUGUUUCAGGUCAUUGUUACAUUUCGGGUUGUGAGUUAUUUGAUGCUUUGCUCAAUAACUUUGUCACAAAACUCUCAGUCUCCUUUUUGCCACAUGAUGGACUCAGAUUUUCUUGAUAUGGACUUCGUAUCUGAAACAAACUAAAAAAACCGAAAAUUUACCGAUACCGAAAUUUACGACAAUAACCAACGUCAUUUUGCCCAUAUCGGUAUAUUCUGUUUCAAAACAAUACAUAAAUCAAAGUUGGUUUUGGAUGUGUGUAGGUAGGCUAUGGUCUCAUGUCCUUUUAAGAGACGUGACUCCACCCCAUCCAGUCCGUAACAAAGAGGGAAAGACAGGUGAGGAGAUGGAGGACGGUUCAAAAGUUGGAGCGGCUGAAGUAGACGAAGUUAAUGUGGGAGGGGGUGAGCAGCUUGUGGAGCAGUUAUCGUCCGUUUAUCGUUCUCGAGGUGGACUGCUCAAUAUAUCGUGAUCUUGAUUUCAAACCAUAUCGCCCGUCCCUAGGAGAAAAUCUUAUCAUCGGUUCUUGGACUAGCAAGCUGUCUCGAUGUUUCACCGUCUUAUUUUCUUUCCCUCCUCUUUAGAUUCACCACAAAACACCUGAACGACGAGUCCACUCCGAAGAACAUCCGGACGAUGCUCCAGUAACGUUUCUUUUUCUCUAUAAAUAGAUAUGAAGAGGAUCAAUGCUCUGACCUCAAAUAAGAUGUAAAUGUUUACAAUAUUUAAAAAAAGACUUGGUGUUAAUACUUGUGUGUAUUUGCAUAGUCAUUCCCUCCAAGCAGAAUAUGCAUCCUCUACUUAGAAACAAUCUGAAAGCUGUCAAAGCACAAACUACGGAUACCUAUCAGCCUUACGUGAUAAAACUGUGGACUUGGAAAUAAACAAAGGAGGCAGCAUAAAAAAAAAAGGCCUUAACGAAUCUUUUCAAUCUCUCGACAACAGAAUGAGUUCAACGAUCAGGUUUUAAUCCAAAUCAACCUUAAAAUCGAUGUUUUUGAUAUAGUUAACGUUUUAAUUUCAAAGAGGUUCUUGUUUAUAUGACAUUAACAGACGUUUCACGAAAUGUAUUCGAAUAAAAGAAGUUGUGUGUUGUUGUGUUUUCACUUAUUUAAGUUAAACGGAUAAAUCAAUCAAAAUGUUCGAAUGCGCAUUUUGUCGCAGUGAAGGGCUAAAUGUCGAGAGCAGAUAAGGGAUUGAUCGGUGUGUACGUUUUUGCUCAAAGCAGAAGUGUUUUCUCUUUUUAUAGUCAGCUGUUGUAUUUUGUAUUUUUGUUGUUUUCAUACUCCGACAACCUUUUACAGAAAGAAAAAUCCACUGUGAACAUUAAAACUUUGAAGCACGUGAAGAAAGAUCGGGUAUGUCAGUUCGUUUGGAGUGAAACCGGGACGUGAAUCCAAUCAAACCUCCUCGAUGUUUAUCAAACUGUUCUUAACGGCUUUUGUAUUAAACUUCAAAAUGUUUUAUUCUGAACAAAGGGUAUGUGCUUCUUUACAGAGCGGAUAAUUAUCUAUUCCUAAAUAAAUCGAAGGACUAACUCACACAAGAAGUCCGUUUUUCACACUUUUAUAAGCUGCCUUAAAUCGGACCGCUGAAGUGACUUCUCCUCUGUGCUGUAAUGAUCGUACUCUCCCCUCUCUGGACUAACACGACACUCGUAUUUCACGCAUUUGCAACAACAAAAAGUCGGACAAUCUCCUCUGCGAGUUUCAUUCGCCACUUUCGGUUAGUUUUCCUGUUACAACCUGUGAUCUGUGGGUCACUAUGGAGACAUUUUCUGCCUUACAAACCUGUGAAACAUCUAAAAACAUCGUUUUUUCUCUUCAUUCUGAAGCCAUAGAGUUUACUCACAGAUCCACUCACAUCAGCUGGUUCAUAUUAAAUCAACAUCAGGUAUUUGUUUUUCCCCCCUCUUGUAUUUAGUAAUAUAUUUGUGUGUGUGAGCCGUGCUUUGAAUGCAAACUGUACGUGGUGGAGACUGAGACGGAGAGUGAGGUUUAAUAUGAGUGAUAAUGAUAUUUCAUAUCUGACUGAAGAGAUCUGUCGAGCUGCCCCCCGCCCCCUUUUUACCACAGAUAUGCUACUGUUCGGUGUUUGCAGGAUGUUUUAAAUUCUGAGACGAAAAAAAUCAGUUUGUAUUUUGUUUAUUUUCUUCGUCUUAAACUGACACUUGUUUAAUAUUCUCAGAGUCCACACUCACUGUUUGUUCAUCGCUUUGGCUUUGUAUUGCUAAUUGAAUGGGAUGUGUGGAUUGGAUAAUAAAGGUGGUACAUUUCUUAAACGUUUA